AUGAACCACAGCAACACCAGCCUUGUCUGUGGAAGCCAAAGUCCUGGCCCGAGCACAGACUUCAGCAGCGCGUUCACGCGGCAGGCGCUGCCCGUGCUUUACUCUCUGAUCUUCGCAGGCGGGAUGAUCCUGAAUGGCUUGGCGGCAUGGAUUUUCUUCCAAAUGCCCGACAACUCAGGCCUGGUGGUGUACCUCAAGAACAUGGUGGUAGCCGACUUCCUCAUGCUGCUCUCCUUCCCUCCGCGUGUGGCCAUGGACCUAGGGGUCGGCGGCUGGUUCCUGAGGCUAUUUGUGUGCCGCUACACGGCUGUGCUGUUUUAUCUGGGCAUGUAUACAAGCAUUGUGUUCGUAAGCCUCAUCAGUCUGGAGCGCUACAUCAAGAUCGUGCACACGUCCUCGUUCUUGCCUCGGCCCUGCUCCCUGCGCGUCUCCACUUUCUUGCAACGGGUCACCGUAGCCAGAGGUCUGGCAUUUCUGUCCUGGUCACUGCUACUGAUCUGUAUGCUGCCAAACACACUGCUGACCAACCAGCCUGGAGCUGAUGGAUGCUCCUGCAUGCAGCUAAAAAGCGAGCUUGGAAAGCGCUGGCAUAAGGUCUCUGUCCACCUCGUCGUGGCCAUAUUUUGGGUGACACUUGUGUUCUUGGCUUUCUGCUACUCUUCCAUAGCCUGGCGUGUGUACCGAUCCUACCGAAGGGUCCAACGGGAUGGCAGCGAAGCAGGACGCAGGUCUAAUCGCAGUAUUUUCAGCUUGCUGGUCGUGUUUUUCUUGUGCUUCGUGCCAUACCAUGUGUGCCGUGUGCCCUACACGCUGAGCCAGAGUUCUGCCAUCAGGUUUAGCUCUCAAGACCAAUACCACCUCUUUCAAGCCAAGGAAGCUACGCUGUUGUUUGCAUCGUUAAACGUCUGUCUGGAUCCGGUCGUGUACUUCCUCAUGUGCCGGACGUUCCGAGAGUCUCUGCUGCACAAGCUGUCUACGGUGGAGGCUGAGAACAGGAGGCCCUCCGUAACCAACCGGUUAAGCGUCAGUAACCUGUAGGCGAGAUGGAAAUACAGUACACAUA